GUAGAUUUGAAAAAAAAUAAAGGUGGUGUGUUUGGAUGGGGGAAGGUGAAGGUGAAGGGGAAGUCUUUGUGGCAGUGUUAGACGAUGGAGGAAUGGAAAAUGAGAAUUCAUCGAGAAUUGAAUCGAAGCGUGAUCAUGAAUGGUUAGGGGACGAUACUGAAGUUGAGCGUUGCACAAAGAAGCAGGCAAAGGAAGCUUCAAGUGAUAGUGAAUUGGAGUCUUGUGCUAACAAGUAUGAAUUGGAGUCUAGUUGCACAAAGAAGCAGGCAAAGGAUGCUUCAAGUGAUACUGAAUUGGAGUCUUGCGCUAACAAGCAUGAAUUGGAGUCUAGUUGCACGAAGAAGCAGGCAAAGGAUUCUUUUAGUGAUACUGAAUUGGAGUCUGCUAACAAGCAGGUUAAGGAAACUUCAAACGAUGAAAUAUUCUCAGAAGUUUCAAACCCAAAUUUGUCUCCAAGAGAUAAUGCUUGCAGCAUUCAGACUAUUAGUAGUCAACUGGCCGAGUUGGUGAGCAAUAACCAAGUUGCUUCUAGUGAGAAUUCGUCCACUUGUUCUGGGAAUUGAAGUUCCGAGGAGAGCCUGAAUGAAGAA